AUGAACAAAAUGGGUGAGCAGGUAGAGGUGGAGGAGUGAGAAAGGGAACCAUGACUGCUUCCAAUACAUACUGUGUAACUGGAGCAAACGGGUACAUUGGUUCGUGCCUGGUCCAACUCCUCUUACGAAGAGGCUAUUACGUUCAUGCUACCCUCAGGGACCUUGGGAAGGGCCAUGAGUUGUGGUGUUUUGACGCGAGUAGUGAGAGACUGAAGGUUUUCGAAUCGAAAUUAGAGGAAGAGGGGAGUGACGAAGCAGUGAAGGGGUGUAUUGGAGUCUAUCAUGUGGCCGCACCCAUGCAUUUCAAUGCUACUGAAUCGCUACAACCAGAGAACUACAUUGAAUCAAAGGUGGUUCAGACUGCAAGUAAAGGAGCCUUAAACAUUCUGGGAGCCUGUUCUAGGGCUAAGUCAGUGAGGAUGGUGGUCUUCACAUCUUCCAUCAGUACCAUAUCUGCCAUUGAUGAUGAAGGAUGCUGGAGACCCUUGGUGGAUGAGUCUUGUUCGAAUUCCAUUGAUAAAGUUUGGAAUGCCAAGUCCCGUGGAUGUGUACUUCUCUUUGAUCCUGACCUUGGUCUUAGGACAUCUGAUUGCCUAUACUAUCUUGCAUAUGUUCUUUCUAAGACCAUUGCAGAGGAAACAGCCUUUGUAUAUGCAGAAGAUAAUAAUAGCAUUGAACUAGUGUCAUGUAUACCAGUCACGGUUGGCGGCCCAUUCCUGACAGCAAGUAUACCUGCAAGUAUUCGGCUUCUAAUGAAACGGUUCCCCAUUUGCAUCGUAACCAUGUCUUGGGCAAAUCCAACUGGUUAUUCAGGGCUUCCUUGGGGGGCUGUGAUGACCUAUACAAGGAGUGUAAUAAGAUGUGAAUCCCCUGAUCAAUUGGCUUCUUCAUUGCUGCCUGACCAGAUUGCUGUUCCUGAGUCCCUCAAGGUGCCAAAGACGAAAUUGAAGCAACAAUUAGAUGCUGGAAACAAUGAAUUAGUUGGUCGAUGCAGCUUCCUAAAGGACCCCUAUUGGAAUGAUAAUGCCCAUGAAAAGGAUGCAAGAACAAAUACUUCUCUGUAUUUGUUUCCACCUGGGGACCCUGAAUUGUUUCCCAUAUUAGAAGCAUUGCAUUCUAGCUUGGGCUCUAUUUCAUUGGUUCAUAUCGAAGAUAUUUGCAAUGCACACAUUUUCCUAAUGGAGCAGCCGAAAGCAGCAGGACGCUAUAUUUGCUCUGCUGGCAGUUGUAUUAUGUCUCAGAUAGCAGAUUUUUUCUCUCAAGAGUAUCCCUCUUUCAGUUUACACAAAUUUCCUGUAGAGUUCCAAGGUGCCAUUCCUUCAAGAAUAUCUUCCCAGAAAUUAACAGCUUUGGGGUUUGAGUUCAAAUAUGGUGUAGAAGAAAUACUUCAUCAGAGUGUCAGAUGCUGCUUUGAUAGAGGUUUUAUGAUGCUUUCGUCAGCGGUGAAAGAUGAUGGCUCUUGAAGAUCAAAGGCAAAUAUGGGAGAAACACCAUUGUUGCUGCUUCUUCCAAAGAUGUAUGAAUCAUGUAAAAAGAAAAAAAAAGGCAAAAGAAUUGAUGGAAUCAUUCUUUGGAUCUGUAACUCUCCUUAUUUGUCUGUCUUGUAUAACAUU